GCAAUGCCAAUAACACGUAUAUAAACAGAACCCGCCCUUUUCAAACAGCACACUGCCACACGCCAAGGGCCGGGGUCCACCCCUGGGCUGCACAGGGGGGAUGAAUCGAGUUUGCUUUUGGGAGCGACCUGGUAAAUUGGUUGCGGGGUCCCCUCAAAAUGCCCCGCUCAUUGCUGACCUCACCACCCCCUGGCUCUCACAAGCCCUGUCGCCAGCCAUCACGUCCAUGUCACACACAAACCGCUAAGGUUGCCGAUGGGGGCGGAGCAGGAGCAGGAGCUGGCGGGCUGUGUCUCCCACUGGUAAUGUGCCUCCAAGGUCAGUCCCAGCGCACAGAAAUAGGCCCCGAAGGUACCACAAAAUGGAAUAAAAACACUCGGCCCCUGCCCAAAAAGGGUGCGCGCAAUAUGCAGACACAAAUCUUGUCGGAGAGUAGAGCAGAUCUACCAGAGCUCCUCGCUCCUCACUACACCCCUCCCCUUUCCCUCACUGCUCUGGAUAUUGGGAGAACGGAUCAUUUUUCGCUCAUUUUCCACCUCCCCAAAAAAACACCAUUGAUGGUCGGUAGAUAUCGGUCUGAGCAGGUGUGCGGUGGAGCGACAAACAUAGCCAAAACAGUGCCAUUUUCGGUCUACGCUCAUUAAUCAGCUCACAGAAGACUGUCCCACCCUCACAGUCGAUUUGGGAGCUGCAGCUAAAUAUACACCCCGUUCGGUCCAUCGAAAAAGAAAGGAAAACAUUGAGAGCAAUAACGCCCGCAAUAGACUGCAGGAAUGCGAUUUUCAACCUCCAGCUGCACAGG